GGGAGGGGGGGGAAGGAAGAGUCCAGCUUAGCAUGAGGUCACGAUUUGUGAGCAAGGAAUAAAGAGCUAAUGGCAUUGUACAGAGGAUGGACAUCAUUUCCACUGCCUACCUGCAGCUUUCAGGGUGUUUUUCUGAAGGUUUUGAGAAGUAGCAACUGGGCCUCUUUUUGGAGACACUCUCUCUAUAGAACUUUCAGAAACAUUUUGGGCCCAGAAAUACAGACUUUUCUGGAGCAGAACACUGAAGUGACCAACAGUGGAAACCUCACUCCUGAAAUCCAGCUGCGACUUUUGACACCUCAAUGCAGGUUUUGGUGGGAAAGAGCUGACUUAUGGCCCUACAGUGAUCCCUACUGGGCAAUCUACUGGCCAGGAGGCCAAGCUCUAACCAGGUACCUCUUGGAUAAUCCCAACAUUGUCAGGGGAAGAUCUUUACUAGAUAUUGGGAGUGGAUGUGGAGCAACAGCCAUUGCUGCUAAAAUGAGUGGGGCAUCGAAGAUAUUGGCUAAUGACAUUGAUCCUAUUGCAGGAGUGGCUAUUUUGUUGAACUGCAAAUUAAAUAAACUGGAUCCUCUUCCCAUUUUAACUAAAAACAUCUUGGACUCAAAACUGGAUAAGUGGGAACUCAUUGUUCUAGGAGAUAUGUUUUAUGAUGAAGACCUUUCAGAUAGACUUCUUCACUGGUUGAGGAAAAGCAUUCGGAGUCAUGGAACAAAAGUGCUGAUUGGUGAUCCUGGGAGAACACAAUUCUGUGGACACAGCAUUCAGAAUCACUUACAGAAGGUAGUAACAUAUUCACUUCCAGAGCUCACUAAGGAGGAAAACAAUGGUCUGACAACAAGCACUGUCUGGAAUUUACAACUCUGAGUUCCCCAUUUACUUUCUAAAGGGAUACACACACACUCAUAUGCAUUGAAUGUUGCCUUCAUAUACACUACUUCUCUGUCAGUGAGCAAUUUAUGAAUUAUAUUUUGAAAAAAGGCAACUUUAAAGGUCUGUGAGCAUUGUUUUUCUUUUUUGAUAUACUUGGAUUUCCAUUCAUGGCAGUUAUAUAAUUGUUAUGUUUAAUGAUAAUAUUUUGAAAUUAAAAAUUAUACUCAUAUAUUUGAGUUUUCAGAGCUUUUAAAAAUAAUUUUAUUUGUAUUUUUCAUUUUUAUAUUAUCUACAUUUUCCAGUAUGUUUCCUCUUAUCCCCUCCCAGGGGAAAAAACCACACAACUAGCUCUCCUUUAGCUCCAUACCCUUGUAGAAUUCUUUCCUCUCUUUUCAUAACUCUCUAGAGUCUGGUUUCUGACCUUAUCAUUCAACUGAAGCUUCUAAUGGCUUUUUCUCAAUCUUCAUCCUUUCUAACAAGAAGUCUGCUUCCUGCAGCCUUUGACACAAGAAGAGGGUGAUUAAUAGUGUCAAAGACUGCAGGAAGUUUAUUUGGUGAUUUCAUCUCUAUGCUGAUGACUCUUAAAUCUUUUUAUCCAGUCCCAACCUCUCUGUGGCCUCCAGUCUCAUAUUUCCAACUGCAUGCUAAAAAUGAACUGGAUGUCUUGUAGACCAAGGCUUCUUAAACUUUUUCCACUUGGGACCCCUUUUAGCCUGAGAAAUUUUUAUAUGACCCCAGGUAUGUAGGUAUAUAAAAUAGGUAUACAUAACCUUUGUUGCCAAAUUUUUUGCUACCUCCCACAUUCAGUUAUGCGACCUCCUAUGGGGGUCACAAGCCACAGUUUUAAGAAGUUAGGCUGUGGGGGGCAGCUAGGUGGUGCAGUGGGUAAAGCACUGGCUCUGGAUUCAGGAGGACCUGAGUUCAAAUCUGGCCUCAGACAUUUGACAUUUACUAGCUGUGUGACCCUGGGAGAGUCAC